AUGAAGUGGCCAUGUGCACUUCGGCCAUGUGAUCUACCGGCUUUGACGGCGCUCCGUGGACAGUGCGAACUUUGCCGCCAACAUUUCUGCACAGAACAUGUGGUAUCAGCGCUGCAUACUUGUCCUACAAACGAGGAUAUCCAUGAGGUAUACGUAUCUGGUGACCCAGCUAAGCUCAAACACCUGAACUUGAUCCGACGAACGGCGGGCGAAAAUGUUAUCUCCAGAUUGUUAGAAACUAUCAAUUACGAUGCCCUCUGCGUGCGUGCAGAGACUUUACGUGAUGGGAUCAAAUGUACCGUCAAUCUCCCGUCAGCCGAUCAAUCAUACUUCAACUUUGACGUCCUUGGUGGGUGUAACUACCAUGGCUCGAUCGUGUUUGAAGACGGCAUCACUUGGUUGGCGAGGUUCAGACUCCCAAAUCACAGCGAACCUCCAUUGCAGGAGAGGAACUUCGACAGACGCAGUGAGUUUGCAACAUAUUGCUUCCUUGCUAGAACUGCCGUUCCAGUCCCUGAGGUGUACGACUGUGCGGAUGACGACGAUCCUAUGAAUUCUGUUGGCGCUGGGUACAUUCUGCUCGAAAAGCUAGCUGGGAAGCCAUUGGCCUGGCAUGAAGCAAGCGAGGUGCAGAAAGAAAAGUUCUCUCGUAAUUUAGCAGAGAUCUAUGUCAACUUGCAACAGCAUCCUCUCAAUGGGAUAGGACGUCUACAGCUCUCGUCUAUUGGGCAACCAGAAGUCGGACCAGCCUUUUUCGACUACGGCUUGAGCGGAAAUUUGAUCUCAUUCGGCCCAUUCAGUAAUUCAAAUGACUACUACACAGCUCUGGUUCAGCAAAAAAUCCAGCUCAUCAAAACCGGGGAGAUCGCAUCUUCUGCACCUCUUGAUCAAUACCUUGUCUAUAUGAGUCUCCUUGACUCUCUCCCACCAAAUGAUUCAGGUCCCUUUUACCUCCGUCAUGUGGAUUCUAGAGACGCGAAUUUCUUAGUCGAUGAUGACUACAACAUUACUGGCAUCAUCGACUGGGAAUUGGCCAUUUGUACUUCAAAAGGCUCGGCAUUCCAAUCGCCUCUCCUGUUGUACAAUUUGGGCGAACUGUACCAUAAGGGUCUCUCAACCCCAAGCGAAGAUGAAAAGCGCCUUUCUAAGAUCUUGCGGGAGGAGAAAGGGGCAGUGGAGCUUUCUGCAUUGGCUGAGCAAAAGCUGCAUUUUAGAAUUGAUCAAGUCAUUGAGACGGAUCCUUGGGAUCGGCAAAAUUUUGUGAGGCUUCUCAGUGGAUGGUGGAAAGUCACUCAUGGGGUGGAAACAUUCGACUGGGAUACAUGGUACAAGCAGGCACGUCACAAGUAUGGCGAUGGAGGCCUAUGA